AUGGACUCCUGGUUAAAGCUUUCUGAUGCAAUCUACAAACUGCAGCUCGCUCAUUAUGGCGGCAAAUACUCGAUCGAGCGGAUGUUGGCAUUCGAGGAGUACUCUCGAAACACCACAUUCUUUCAUGUGGUACUGGUGGUGAUGAGUCCGCCCAUUUUCACCGCUGCAGUUCUGCUUUGCCAGGAGGUCGUUCCGCUUCAAGAUCCGACCGAAGGCGGGUUGGCCAAUUGGGGGUUUUGGGUGCGUGCCGGCGUGCUAGGAAUCGCAAACGGUCAUGAGGUGAUCACUCAAAUUCCUCCGUGGCUGAGCGUCCCGAGCUUCACAACCAGACAGAUCGCGAUCUACAGCUUCUUCUCGGGGAUUGGACUCGUAGCUGGCGGGAUAAUCGUAGCCGAGGUCUGGGUUUUCCCGAUUCCGUUCUUUCUUAUGACAUUAUCCCUCGUUUUAUCCGCGGUGCUCAUUGGAUUAAUGCGGGUUAUCGCUGGAGGGCCUGCGUUUCGGCACAUAGCUUCGCGGAAGGAGGAACUUCGCCGGUUAAAUAAUGUCGCCACGCUGGAAACUUUGAUGUGCGCCGGGUAUCCGCUCUACCAAGUUUUGUUUACGAACGUCAACAACACGCCUUACGAGCUCCCAGUCAUUUUAAUGUUGUCCGUGAUUAAGCUCGUGAUGAAGAGGGUUUUUCGCUCGGCUGCGUCCCACGAGGAAGACAUGAUC